UGGAGUCGCAGACGGCCCUGAAAAAUCAAUCAGCAUCCAUUACAAGUGGUGAAAGGGCGGCCCAGCAAACAAGGUCGAGUUGGUCGAUUAAUUCACGGAACACGAGUCGUAGCGCGCUGUUGGCGAGGUUAACGUUUGUCGGUUCACCCCAAGAGCACGUGAAGGUUUUCGGUAUGACAGACCUGACUGAAGCUCACCUGAAAAAAGAAUAGCUCCUACUCGAGUCCUAUGUGAACUCACCUGUACUCCCACCCAUUUGGAAACAUGAUGGCAGAACUUGUGUGAAAACUUGUUGAGUGUACCUGAAGUUUGUUAAGUGCAUUAAUGAUUAUUAGUUUAUUUACAAGGAAUAAAAAUGUCACUAGAAGUUGUGUAAAACGAAGGGCUUGAAUUGGUGAAAAGCGAAGAGAGAGAGAAAAUAUACACUCUUCUCACAUACAACAGCUAAGGUAUACCUAAGAUUAACAUGUCAGGUUCCAAACCAUGUUCUAGUACUAAGGAUGAGCAUGUCAAGCGACCCAUGAACGCUUUCAUGGUGUGGUCUCGCGCUCAACGGCGAAAGAUCGCCUUAGAGAAUCCGAAGAUGCACAACUCAGAAAUCAGCAAGCGUCUGGGCGCUCAGUGGAAAAAUCUGUCUGAGGCUGAGAAACGGCCUUUUAUUGAAGAAGCUAAGCGACUACGAGCGAUGCACAUGCGGGAACACCCGGACUAUAAGUACAAACCUCGUCGAAAACCUAAAAGUCUGUCGAAAAGAGAUCGCUUCCCUUUUCCAUUACCCUACAUCCCGGCUCCAAUGGAUUAUCUUGGUGGCAGCUUUACCAGAGGUCUUCUGGGCCCUACUUCGACACUGCCGACACAUGUUCCAGGGUUUUUUCCUUUCGUCACUCACGCCAUGGACAAUCCGGGGAACCUUGUCGGAGUUCCAGCUAUGAGCUCUACCGGUGUUGGUGAACGGUGGUCGCCGGCGGACACAGCUGUUAAGACCAGACAUGUCCUACCUGGGACCCCAAGCCCUGAUUCCGCUUCUAGUCAUUCCUUUAAGCCGGUAAGUCCUAGCGGUAUUCCGACAUCAUCUCUUAGCUGUAACGGAUAUCCAACCGCAGCGGCGACACUGUAUCCUAGCGUGCCACUGUCGGCCUACCUCAUGCCAUGUGGCUGCGGUCCAUCUGGCUACAACUGUCCCUCAAGUUCAGAGUCAAUAGACCUUUCACGACAUACCUGCACUGCGGCUAACUCCUUGUUCAUAAAUCCCUACCUAAAGCCACCGGAUGGAAGCCUUUUCUCUUCCUCAGCAGUAGGAGGCGAACCCUCUGGUCUGCGGGACCACAGCUUGGGACGCCCAACAGCGUCCACACUAACCAGUGGGUUAUCGGCAUCAAGUCAACUGUUAGGAUUGUACUCAUCGUACUUCAGCAGACCAAAAGUACCCGAAGCACGCCUAGAAGUGUAGGUCAUAAUGUACUGGAACACGUGAAUAAUAAAAGUCACAGCCCUAAUGUAAGUAAUAUUUGUUAGUAAAGCAGGUGACGCAAGACUUACACCGUUAUCCACCAACGAGUGCUGAAAAUAAUGUUCAUCCUGCGAAAUGAAAGAUAUAGAACAGAAAGUUUAUCAUUAAGUCACAGUGCCAUGAAAUACAGUUAAUCAUAGGACACAAGAACUUUCGGACCUAAGCUAAUUAAAUGAAAGCUUAUGUUACAACUUUUUUCCUUUUAGUAAACCAAGAAUUUUUUUGAGUGUUUCUGAGUUUUCUGUCAAGUGAGUGAUAUUUAACUACAUUUCAUGACGCGUUGUAUGAUAUAUAUGCACAUGCACGUUGUUUUAGUGUUAAACAAUAGACGUAUAAAUGCUUGUGAAAGUGAAACGUUGGUCGAUGCAUUCUGCAUGAUUUAGACUAAUAAAAUGUUUCCCCAUGUGUGAUAAAUUCCCUAUUUACUUGAAAAAAUGAAGCAAGACUAAACUAAAGAUAAUUUUUAAGAAUAUAUUGAGCCAGAAAAACUGGGUCUUUGAAAUGAUCAAAUUAGGUUAGAUAGGUUUAUUGAAAUUCCUUAUUUAAGACUGUAAAAUAGUAUAUUAAACACUGUUGGUUGUGAGUCAAAAGGCUUUAUAAAUAUGGAGUUGAUCAAUUGUCUUAUAAUAUAUUAAAUAUUUAUAUUGCUGUAAAAUAAUAAAACCAUUUCUUUAAUUAUGUUCAUCCUCACUAGUUUGCUGCUGUAUAGACAACUUUAAGACAUUUCACCUCAGCUGACAGUUUUCAUCAGAAACAGCAGCAGCUUUUGUGUGACAAUAAUGAAGUACUUUUCUGUUUAACUCUCUAUGCUUCUAAACGAUCCGAGCGUGAUCUUGUGGUUAGCAUCCUUGGCUGUAAAUCUACGGGUCCAUCAUUCGCGACCCGUUACUAUGAAGAAAAACACACACACAAAAAACAAAAACAAAAAAACACGCAUUGCACA